GCCGCUCCGCCUGAGGGCCCGAGACCUGUAGCUCCGCCUGGGGGUCCGGCACCCGCCGCUCUGCCUGGGGGCCCGAUGCCUGUCGCCCCACCUGGGGGCCCGAUAGCCUGUCGCCCUGCCUGGGGGCCCGAUGCCUCUCUGCCUGGUGGCCCGCUGCUUGCUGCUUCGCCUGGUAGCCCCGAUGUGUCAUGCCUCUGCCCAGAGUCCUGCCCCGAUGUGCCUCUGCCCGGAGUCCUGCCCGAUGUGUCCUCUGCCCGGAAAGGUCCAACCCGAUGUGCCUCUGCCCGGAGCCAGCCCGGUGUGCCUCUGCCCCGGAGUCCAGCCCGGUGUGCCAUCUGCCCGGAGUCCAGCCCGGUGUGC